GUUUUAUCAUGACAUUUUAAUGUUCCAAAGCUUUCAACAAAAGUGGCUCACCCUGAACCCCCCUCCGAUCUUGGACCUGAAGUUGUCAUCCCAGUUCUCUCUUUUCCUCAAAGACAAUCUGUAAAUCUUCUCCCACCCACAAAACAUCUUCGUCUCACUUAUGGGACAACAUUCUCAAAAUUCGGCAAAACCAUCGCAUUCAUACAAACUGUUUGGAAUCAUCUCUAAAGUCACCUCCCUUGCAGAAAUCUACAAGGCAUUCUCAAGAAAAUUGCACCCGGCCGAUAGAAGCAACAAACAGAGAACAUCUCACCGCCAUCAAUCCAAUUUCAUUUCCCAUGAUGACUCGAACCCGAGUAUUGUUAGAAGUCAACGACAGAGAGAUGGAGAAAUCACCCCAGACCGGGAAGAGAAAAAACGUGAGAGGUCGAAGGAGGAAAGGGAUAAACCAGAAGAAUUUGUGAUUUCAAGCCCAAAGCUAUUGUCAAGGACGACAAGCCGGGUCGCCCCGACAUUGUCGAAAAGCUCCAGCGGCGGAUGGCCUAAUUUUAUAGAUUUGUAUGUUCAUGUGAAAAGAUCAGCCUCUGUUUCUAGCGCCACCAGCCCCAUGGCUUUUCUUUCCAAAACGAUGAGCCAAAGAAACAUAAAUAUGGCCGCGGCAUGGAGAAAGCCACCACCUUUGGAGAAGAAGCUUGAAUGCACCCUUGAGGAGCUUUGCUUUGGAUGUACCAAAGAGGUCAGAAUCACAAGAGAAAUCAACUCAAAUGCAGGGCUAAUUUUUCAAGAAGAGGAAUAUGUGACAAUCAAGGUGAAGCCGGGGUGGAGAAGAGGAACGAAGAUUACAUUCGAAAGCAAGGGAGACGAGAGAGGAGGAACCCUCCCAGAAGACAUUAUCUUUCUGAUUGAGGAGAAGAAGCAUCCGUUGUUCAAGAGAGAAGGAGAUGAUUUGGAGUUAGGGGUUGAAGUCCCUUUAGUCCAAGCUCUCACAGGAUGUAUUGUAGAGGUACCCACAUUAGGAGGAAAGGAUAUGGUGACUUUAAACAUGGAAGAUGAAAUCAUUUAUCCUGGGUUUGAGAAAACUGUCCUUGGGCAAGGCAUGCCUAAAUACAAGGAUGGUCAAGAAGGUGAUCAUCAGAGAGGAGACCUUCGGGUCAGAUUUCGAGUCGUUUUUCCAGAAAUGUUGAGUGAAGAGCAACGCUCACAAGUUUUGAGUAUACUGAAAGAUGGGUGAUUUUCAAAGUUUUGUUACCUUGGUAUAAAUCUGCCAGCAUACUACUCUACAAGCUGCUCUGGGAUCAAGAUUCAUUUGUACAUUCAGCAUGUUUUUCUAGUUUUGCUUGGAACUUGACAUAACAUCUCAGUACCUGGUUUGGAAAACAAAACUUGACAAAUAAAUGAACAUAAAGAACUGAACAAGUUGCAAA